CUCAAAACUCACGCACGUCACUUUCUUCUCCUCUUUCUUUCUUUCUUUCUUUCUUUUCUCCUUUUCACUUUCUUUUCUUCUCUUCUCUUCUCUUCUCUUCUCACCGGCACACGUACACACACUCAUGGCCGAGUGAGCGAGAGAACGAAACUGAAUGAGAGAGAGAGCUGCCGCCGUGAAAGGAAGAAAGAAGAAGAAGAAGAAGAGGAAAGUGAGGAACGAAAAUGGGAUUUCCGGCUGGUAUGUGUAACCAGAUUGAUGGAGCAUUUCGAAAAGAUUACUUGAGUCGUGAGUCACUUGCAGUCUACUAAAGGAUUCAGGAGGGUUGAUGCGGUAAAGUGGGGAUACUUUGAGGCUGCAUUUUAUUUUUUAUAUAAAUUUCAACUUUGAAACAUAGGACGGAGUAUAUCAUUGUCUUCCUUUGGCAGUUGAAAAGCAACAUACAUCAGAUAUUAGUGAAGUUGUCUUGGGUGAAAUGUUGAUGCAGAGUUCCCUUCCUAGUUCAACUGAAGCUGCUCUGUUUUUUGUAUCUGAUCAUGGCAAAGAAGAUACCUUAUGUGAUUGGAUGCCAGACACCGAAACUUUUCGGAUUCCAAAUUGUGAUAAACACUCUCAUGGACAGUGCAGAAAGGCUAAAUCAAUACUAGAAGGAAAAGAGAUGGCUGAUAGUCCAAGCUCCUUAAAUUUUCCAAGAAGUUAUGCGCAGCCAUCAACUGUUAGUACAAUAUCUGAAACUUGUGCACCAAAUUUCGUAUAUAGGCGAAGGAAGCUACAGGGAAACUCAGUCACCAUUUUUUCACCACAAGCUGCGGCAAACACAAAGAGAAGUGCUGAUUGCCUUUCAGUCAUAAGUUCUGAUGCACCUUCCGUGGUAGCCAAGGAGCAACUUGUGGGUUUUCAGGUUGAGCAUGAAAGUCAUACUGUUGGAGCGCCCUUCAAGGCUCCUCUUUUAUGCAUAAAAGAACCCCGUGUUUUAAGUUCACAAUCUAUCAAUGGAUGUUCAGUUGGGGAAGAGUAUGUUUCUGAUGCAGCACUCAAAAAUAUCAGGCAAAAUUUUUUAGAGGUGGACAGUAUAAAUGACAGUUGCUCAUCAUCAAAAUCAAAUAUGGAAUUUGUUUCAGCUUCCAUGAUGACCGAAAUGGAUGACACUGGUGAGUGCUCCUCAUCUAGUGUAAUGGUUAUGGAAGUCAAGGGGCAAGAUCUUUCAGAAAAUGAUUUAUGCAUUUCUAUACUUAGAAGCCAGGGGGUAUUUGGAGGAGUUUUGCCUACCAAGACUCAUGAUUCUGCUGAGGAUGCGGGAACUAGUAGUGGAAGAAGCUGCUCCCGGUCAUGCAAGAUUUGCAGUCAUUCAGAAACUACACUGAACAUGCUUAUUUGUGAUCAUUGUGAAGAAGCAUUUCAUGUUUCUUGUAUCAAUCCCCGUAUGAAGAAAAUACCAACUGAUGAAUGGUUUUGUCAUUCUUGUUUGAAAAAGAAGCUUAAAAUUCCAAAGGAAACAGCUAUCAGAAAAUCGCCAAGCAUUGCCAGUGAAAUGGGCAGAGGUAGAAAUGCAUCAGCUAAAGGUGAAUCAAAUCCAAUAGCAUUGAUGUUGAGAGACAGUGAACCACAUACAAUGGGUGUUCGGGUUGGUAAAGGUUUUCAAGCAGAUGUUCCUGACUGGUCUGGUCCAAUAAUUUAUGAUGUUGAUGCCAUAGGUGAACCACUGGAAAUGGAUCCUCCAGAGUGUGUUACUUCACAUGUGUUGAACUUCAACAAACCUCAUACACUUAACUCUAUAGGUAAUUGGCUUCAGUGUCGAGAGGUUAUAGACGGCAUAGGAGAAGAUGUAAAUGGAACUAUAUGUGGAAAGUGGCGCAGGGCUCCUCUUUGUGAAGUCCAAACUGAUAACUGGGACUGCUUUCGCUCUGUCCUUUGGGAUCCAACCCAUGCCGAUUGUGCUGUACCUCAGGAGCUAGAAAUGGAUGAAGUUUUAAAGCAACUAAAGUAUAUUCAGAUGCUGAGGCCCCAGCUAGCUGCCAAACGGCGAAAAUCGGAUCGUGCACAUAGUAAUGGUGAUCCGCGAAAACCUACAGCUGAUGCAUCAAACAUACAGACUAUAUAAUAUGGUGAGAAUUGCUUGAUAAUUUUGUCGAGUGUCUAUACAACUUGACAUGUCUGUGCCUUGUACAUUCAAGUCAAAGAAAAUCCAAAUUUAGUUAGGUAUUCUACAUCACAGUUGUCUAACAUUGUAAUUGUCAUAGAUAAAUCGAAGUAUAGAUGUCUCAGCCCAGGCUAUUGUGCCUCC